AAAUUCAUACGUUUAGAUAUUGAAACGACACAAAGUACGACCAGCUUGUUUCGCGUACACGCCAAAUUUCACGAUGAGUAUUUUACUAACUUCGUUUUUCUUAUUCGUCUUAACCGUGCUAUUAUGCAUCUAUUACAGUUUCUUGAAAUCUUACAAACAUUUUCAAGAUUCUUCGAUUCCGACCAUCAGACCACUCUACGCGUUCAUAGGCUUGAAAGAUACCGUGCGAUUGAAGAAACCAUUCGUCAAACAGUUGACUGAAGCAUACCAUAUGUUCGAACCUCACCCAUUUUUCGGAGUUUAUAACUUAUUCUUUCGUUCGAUUUUUGUUCGCGAUCCUGAACUAGUGAAAAAAAUUCUAGUAAAAGAUUUCUCAUACUUCCAAAACCAUGGACUAAACAUUUUCAAAGAAAUUGAACCAUUGGCUCGUCAUUUAUUCAACUUGGAAGGAGAAGAAUGGAAAAAUCUACGAAUGAGGAUGACCGGUAUUUUCACAAGUGGGAAAAUGAAGAUGAUGUUUCCUUUGGUUAAUAAAUGUGCCGAAGAAAUGAAACCAGCUUUAAUGGAAUAUGUUUCAAGUCCUGAUGGCUUUGAAGUCAAAGAUCUAUGCUCGAGAUACACCACCGAUGUAAUAGGAAGCACCGCUUUUGGAGUAGAUACAAAUUCGUUCAAAUACCCGAAUUCGGAAUUUCGAAAAAUGGGAGGUCGCAUCUUCGAAUACAGGUGGCAAAAUUUACUUCGACUCAUGGUACCAAACAUGCCAGCUUGGGCUGUCAAGUUUUUCAAGAUGGAGAUGUUCAGCAAAGACGUGAUGGAUUACUUCAUGAAAAUCAUCAAAGACAUGGUCAAGUACAGAGAGGAGAAUAAUAUAACCAGAGAUGACUUUCUCGACUUACUUAUUGCCAUGAAAAAUCACACCAACACGCAAAAACAGCAGCAAAAUCCAAAUGGCACCAAAGAUACUGCCAAAAGUACCACUCAAGUUGGCGAUAAGCGCGUCAGAAGUAACGUAGAGAUGUCUGUAGAAUUGAUGGCUGCCCAAUGUUUUCUAUUUUUCGUCGGAGGAUUCGAAGGUACUUCCGUCGCUAUAUCAUUUCUAUUAUUUGAGCUAGCUCAGCAUCCUGAAAUUCAGGAUAAAGUACGCGAAGAAAUAUUAUCGACGAUUGAAAAAAAUGGCGGAGAAAUUACAUACGAUAUGCUGAAAAAUCUGCCAUACUUAAAUAUGGUUUUACAAGAAAUCAUGAGACUGUAUGCUCCGAAUGGUGGCGCAAUCAUACGAAAAUGCAAUGAAAAUUAUAAAAUACCCGAAUCCGGAGCCGUUAUCAGAAAAGGUACUCAAGUUGUAAUACCAUUAGCUGGGAUCCAUACCGAUAAGAAAUAUUACGAAAAGCCAGACGAAUUUUACCCAGAACAUUUUACCAAAGAAGCCAUAUCCGAGAGACCUCAUUUCGCUUAUCUGCCUUUCGGAGAAGGUCCUAGAGUUUGCAUAGCUGAACGAUUUGCAAACAUGCAAAUUCUAAUCGCGGCGAUUCAUUUGAUAAAAGAUUUCUCUUUCGAAUUAUCUCCGAAGACCAUUCUACCUUUGGAAUUUUUACCUUCGACUGCCAUUCCACCAGUUAAAGGAGGAAUUUGGCUUAAAUGUAAACCGUUGUGAUUAAUUUGAUAAUUAUUUCUAGUCAUAUUUUGUCUGAACUAUCACUACCAGUUAGAAGACUGGUGUAUUUAUUUUCUUUUUACGAAAUGUACUUAUUUGAUUAUAAAAUAACAAACAAUAUAAUUAUUAUUAUGUAAUA